UUUUUUAAGAUAAGAUAUGCAGUUGGCACCCCUGAUUCUUGUCGAGUAAAGUUGCCAGCGGAUUGCCGACAUCGGUUGGAGAGGCGGAGUUGAGCUUCUGGAAUUCAGUAUAUUACCGGUUUGCUCCUUCUGAAGAGAAUUCCCGCUCAAAUUCCAGUUAUAGGCGCUGUUCUGGUACCACAGACGGCGCUGGUAAAGUUCAUCGGAAAACAUGGAUCGCGAGAGGCAGGUGUUCACCGUCGAUCUCCUGGAGAGGUACGCGACGAAAGGGCGCGGCGUGAUCACUGCCAUGGCGGCCGGUAACGAUGUCAUUGUGCUGGGAACAAGCAAGGGAUGGGUUAUUAGGCACGAUUUCGGCGUCGGUGAUUCUUCCGACAUAGACCUUUGCGCGGGGCGACCAGGCGAGCAAUCGAUCCACAGAGUGUUUGUUGAUCCAGGAGGAAGUCACUGCAUUGCCACUGUCGUUGGUGCUGGUGGUGCUGAGACUUACUAUACUCAUGCCAAGUGGAGCAAGCCGCGUGUGCUGGGCAGACUGAAAGGUCUUGUUGUAAAUGCAGUUGCCUGGAAUAGGCAGCAGAUUACAGAAGCUUCUACCAAGGAAGUCGUUCUUGGCACCGACGACGGCCAACUUUAUGAGAUUGCUGUUGAUGAGAAGGAUAAGAGGGAGAAGUACAUAAAGUUUUUAUAUGAAUUGAAAGAACUACCACAAGCUUUUAUGGGCUUGCAGAUGGAGACAGCUAGUUUAGAAAAUGGAACCAGAUAUUAUGUGAUGGCUGUUACUCCUACGCGACGCUAUUCCUUCACUGGAAUUGGAUUGCUGGAAACUGUUUUUGCUAGUUAUUUGGAUCGCGCUGUUCAUUUUAUGGAAUUACCUGGAGAAGUACCAAACAGGCAAGUGUGCAUUGUAUUGUGUUAUAGUUCUUUUAACUUGAACUUGGAACACGAACUGCAUUUCUUUAUCAAGCAAAGAAGAACGACACAUUUUGCAUGGCUUUCAGGAGCAGGUAUCUACUAUGGAGGCCUAAAUUUUGGAGCACAGCAUAGUUGUCCAAAUGGUGAUGAAAAUUUUGUUGAGAACAAAGCGCUUCUGGAUUACUCAAAACUAAGCAAAGGUUCUGAAGUUGUUAAGCCAACUUCUAUGGCUGUUUCAGAAUUCCAUUUCUUACUUCUCAUUGGAAACAAGGUUAAGGUCGUGAACAGAAUUAGUGAGCAUAUAAUAGAGGAACUCCAUUUUGAUCUGACAUCAGAAUCAGCUUCAAGGAGUGGUAUUAUUGGGUUAUGCAGCGAUGCCACUGCUGGCUUGUUCUAUGCAUAUGAUCAGAAUUCUGUCUUCCAGGUCUCCGUCAAUGAUGAGGACCGAGAUAUGUGGAAGGUGUAUCUUGACAUGAAAGAAUAUGCUGCAGCUUUAGCAAAUUGUCGUGAUCCAUUUCAGAGGGAUCAAGUAUAUUUGGUCCAGAAGUUCUUGAUCUUUUUGUUUGACUAUUUUAUAACUGAAAUGGAGCGGUUUGCGGUCGGCUUGCAGGCAGAUGCUGCGUUUUCGUCGAGGGAUUUUGAAAGAGCGGCAUCCUUCUAUGCAAAAAUUAGCUAUAUACUAUCAUUUGAGGAAGUCGCCCUCAAGUUUAUCAGUGCAGGAGAACAGGAUGCUUUGAGGACUUUCUUGCUGCAUAGGCUAGAUAAUCUCACAAAAGAUGAUAAGUGCCAGAUAACAAUGAUUUCGACAUGGGCAACUGAAUUGUACUUGGACAAGAUAAAUAGGCUUCUUUUGGAAGAAGACAGUACAGUGGAAAAUCAUGGUGUUGAGUAUCAGUCCAUCAUUCAAGAAUUCUGUGCUUUCCUCAGUGAUUCUAAAGAUGUCCUUGACGAGGCAACAACAAUGAAACUUCUGGAGAGUUACGGGCGGGUUGAAGAACUAGUAUAUUUUGCUGGUCUGAAGGAGCAGCAUGAGAUUGUUAUUCAUCACUAUCUACAGCAAGGAGAAACAAAAAAAGCUUUGGAACUACUUCAAAAGCCAGCUGUGCCUAUAGAUCUCCAGUACAAGUUUGCUCCAGAUCUCAUUGCUCUUGAUGCAUACGAAACUGUGGAGUCUUGGAUGGGGACAAAGAACCUAAACCCGCGGAAAUUGAUUCCUGCAAUGAUGCGCUAUUCAAGUGAAACCCAUGCAAAGCUGUCAAGGCAUCAACUUGAUUUAUUUAACAUGGGAUUUGACUGGAUGAACCGUUACACUAUGGAAAGGUGGUGUCAAUAUAAACGAAAUAUGAUCGUGAAAGCAAUGCUGAUUCACGUAGCUUUUGGUCCUGUAAAUCCUAUUCGAACACAUUGGUGUCUAAAUGUUUCUUCCACGUUUAUGUUUUCUAACGGAAGAUUUGCCGAAUGCAGGAAUGAAACUCACGAGGUCAUCAAGUACCUAGAGUUCUGUGUUCAUCGUUUGUAUAAUGAGGAUCCUGGAAUUCACAAUUUGCUUUUAUCUCUCUAUGCUAAGCAGGAAGAUGAUAGUGCACUUCUAAGGUUCCUACAAUGCAAGUUUGGGAACGGACGAGAUAACGUACCUGAUUUCUUCUAUGAUCCGAAGUAUGCCCUCCGCCUUUGCCUCAAAGAGAAGCGAAUGCGAGCUUGCGUUCAUAUAUACAGCAUGAUGUCCAUGCAUGAAGAAGCAGUUGCUCUUGCUCUGCAGGUCGACCCUGAGCUUGCAAUGGCUGAAGCUGAUAAAGUGGAAGAUGAUGAAGACUUGAGGAAGAAGUUAUGGAUGAUGGUCGCCAAGCAUGUUAUUGGACAGGAAAAGGGAACUAAGAGGGAGAACAUAAGAAAGGCCAUAGCAUUUCUUAAAGAAACUGAUGGGCUGUUGAAGAUUGAGGAUAUACUUCCCUUCUUUCCAGACUUUGCCCUGAUUGAUGACUUUAAGGAAGCAAUAUGCUCAUCAUUGGAGGAUUACAACAAGCAAAUUGAAGAGCUGAAACAGGAGAUGAAUGAUGCGACGCAUGGUGCAGACAAUAUAAGGAAAGAUAUCAAUGCUCUUGCUCAGAGAUAUGCUGUCAUUGAUAAAGAUGAGGACUGUGGGGUUUGCAGAAGGAAGAUAUUGAAUGUGGGUGGGGAUUAUCGCAUCUCUAGAGGAUACACAUCUGUGGGACCAAUUGCUCCCUUCUACGUAUUCCCCUGCGGGCAUGCCUUCCAUUCAGAAUGCUUGAUUGCUCAUGUAACACGAUGUACCACUGAAUCACAGGCUGAGUGUAUUCUGGACCUGCAGAAGCAACUUACUUUGUUUGGCGAUGGAACUAGAAAAGACCUAAACGGCAGCAUGGCUGAAGAUUCGGUUUCAAGCACAACUAAUGCAGAUAAGCUGCGGUCUCAAUUGGAUGAUGCAGUAGCCGGGGAGUGCCCCUAUUGUGGGGAGUUGAUGAUCAGAGAAAUCUCUUUGCCUUUCAUCCUUGCCGAGGAAUCACAGGAGGUGGAUUCGUGGACAAUAAAGCCAACCAACAAUCUUCUGACCCUUAGGAGCAUAUCUCUGCCCUCUUGACUUCCCCUUCUGCUCAACAUCUUGUACUUGUUUGUGUGUGCAUAUAAUCGUAUAACUGGUCUGCAGCUUCACCAUGUUUUGUUCUUCUUCACAACAUCAUUUGGGUAUUGGUCCAGCAAGUCACUACCUUCCUAUUCUGGUUAGCGUUGUGCACCACCCUCCCUGGGCUAUAUGUAUAUAUGUUUUUGUAACAUUUGAGUGUUGUAGUUGGUAUGUCUGAAUCUGAUUCCUCUGGGCUAUGUAUAUGUGCUUUUGUAACAUUGAGUUUUGUAGUCGGUAGUUGGUAUAUCUGAUUCCUCUGGAGUCGCAAGAGUUGAGUCUGGUAUUGCGUCCAAGGGUGAAGCAAAAUCUAAGUUACACUUUACAAAUGAAGUUCCGAC